CAUCAUGGCGGCGGCCUCUCUCGCUGCUGCGGGCCGGAGCAGAGCGCUGCUGGGGGCGGGCGCUGGGCGGCUACUGCCGCGAGGAAUCCAAGAGCUACUCGGGCCGCGACGUGAAGGGGACACCCCUAGCCUGGGGCGCGACUUCAGUCUCUCUCAGCAUCGGGGCACGGUCAUCGUGGAGCGGUGGUGGAAGGUGCCGCUGGCCGGGGAGGGUAGAAAGCCGCGCCUGCAUCGGCGACACCGCGUCUACAAACUGGUGGAGGACACGAAACACCGGCCCAAAGAAAACCUGGAGCUCAUCCUCACGCAGUCUGUGGAGGAACUCGGAGUCCGGGGUGACUUGGUCUCAGUGAAGAAAUCCGUAGGUCGUAAUCGGCUCCUUCCUCAGGGACUGGCUGUAUAUGCAUCCCCUGAAAACAAGAAGCUGUUUGAAGAGGAGAAAUUGCAGAGACAAGAAGGAAAAUUAGAGAAGAUCCAGACCAAAGCAGGAGAGGCGACAGUGAAAUUUCUUAAAAGCUGUCACCUGGAAGUGGGCAUGAAGAACAAUGUCAAAUGGGAACUGAACCCUGAAAUAGUUGCCCGCCACUUCUUCAAGAAUCUUGGUGUUGUGGUUGCCCCACAUGCGUUGAAGUUACCAGAGGAGCCUAUCACACGAUGGGGCGAGUACUGGUGUGAGGUGACGGUAAAUGGGCUUGACACUGUGAGAGUUCCCAUGUCUGUUGUGAUGUUUGAGAAGCCCAAGACCAAAAGAUAUAAGUACUGGUUAGCCCAGCAAGCUGCCACGGGCACCACCCCCACCAGCUCCCGGACAGUCUAAACCUACUCUCCUUCCAACACUGCAAAGCAGAAUCAGGAACAAUGGAGCAAAAUGGGCCAGCACCCUGAUCUCACUCCCACCUCUGACCAAAUAAUGGAUUUAAGAGAAUAUAUGAACAUGUCAGACUGAACAGCAUGUACAUGUUGAAUUCUCCAUACUGCCAUCUUCACCUCCAGCUGUAGUCACAUCCAGCUUUAUUUGGGCAGUUGUGCUCAAGUACUAGGCUGUGGUUUUGAUAAGCAGGUAUCAGUGGACUAAAAUAGUUUAGAUCCUAUUGAGCCUCUUCCUCCAUUGGAGUUUACUGGAACAAAUGAAAGAGCUAGCCAUUAUCUCUAGUACUUGGCUCUCUUUGUCUGAACUGAACAUUUGUUUUCUCAUUUACAAAUAAAGACGUGUGAUCUUUUUAGGUGUUGUUUGGCCUUCAGUAAACUGGCAACAGGACAUACAAGUGAGAUAUCUUCUGUAAGCACUAAGGUCUUGUUGCUAAAAAGGAGAGAAUACAUUAGCUCACUACAUCUCUAUGAGCAGCUUCCUCUGAAUAAGCUAAUGAUGUCUUUGGUCUUAGAAUUUAUUGCUAGAUAUAUUGAUAAAGUCAUCAAUGUGAGUAAGCACAAUUGAGUCUAAGAAGAUCUGAAUAAGACCUAAGGAUAAUUGAUAGAGAAAAUGAAGCUGGGAUGAAAGAAGCUUAAAAAGAGAACUUCUGUAUUGUUUUUCAUCAAGCUCCUAAAAUUCUGCAAAAGAAACAAAAACCUUGAUUUCUACACCAAGGUUAAGAUUCUUUGGUCAUUCUGGAAUAGAUGUCUUUUUUAUUUUCUUAGUGGACUGGGGUUUGUACUCAGGACUUUGUACUUGUAAAUCAGGUACUCUACUGCUUGAAU